ACCAAAAACCCUUUAACACCCUCUUCAUCAAGGAAUCUCUACAUCCACACAGUAUCUGUUAAUAGUUAAUCUGCUGUAAUAUAAAACUGAUCUCCAUAGCAAAGCAAGCAUUAAAGAGAUUGGACUGGACAGAAGACUGACAUAAGAAGGGAGGAGAAAUUGUGGAGCUGCCCUGACAAAGAACUGGUUUGCUGAAGCUUCAAGCUCCAAAACUAUGCUGGUCCUCUCCUGUCCUUACAAACUGCGCUUAUUGGAGGGAAUUCUGAGGAAGAGUCUCCCUCAGACAAUUGUGGUGCAUGGAGCAGUCAUGAACAUAAAUCGGGGGAACCCAGUUGGUCACGAGGUUAUUGUGGAUUCAUGGCCAGAGUUCAAAGUUGUCCUUACCAGACCAUGCAAAGAGAUUGUCACAGAUCCCUCAGACAUGUAUACCAAUGUGUAUGCAGCAUUUUAUCAGGAUCUGGAUGCGUAUCGGAGGCUUGUAAAGGAUACAGAUGCUGUGAACUGGGACCACACCUUCCAUCUCUUUGGGACUCAGGAAGGGAUACCUGAAGCUACCCAGGAUGCAGCAGCUGCUAAACAAACAAACUUAUCUGUAACUCCUCACUUCCUCUAUGUGCUUUCUGAUCCAAAUAAAUGGCAUACUGGUAGGCUAGAGCCCGGCUUCAGACUUUCCUCCUUGAAUAGUUCCAACGUUGAUCUACUGAAUGAAACCUGGCCCUACGGGCGCAAUGAACAAAGCCGCAGGUAUCUGGCCAAAAUGAUACAGCAUUUCCCUAGUAGUGGCAUCCUGAACCAGGAGGGACACCUUAUCAGCUGGGCGUUGAUGGAUCUUUUUGGCACCCAAACACAUGGGUAUACCCUUCCAUCAUUCCGUGGGAAGGGAUAUUUAGCUAUAACAGCUAAGGCACUUUGUAUGCAGGCCUAUAAAGCUGGAUAUCCUUUAUAUGGCUUUGUCGUGCUAAACAAUAACAAUAUGCAGAGGGCAUUGGAAAAAGGAGGGUAUCAGAAAUUAUCUGAGCUGAGCUACUUGUGCUUUCACAGUUAGCAGAACAGAAUGAGGAAAGAAGCUAUUUUCCUUGAUUUAACCAACUGAUAAAGGAAAGCUCAAGACCAUAUUGGUUGGAAACAUGCGGAAGAGGCCUUCGUCCUGCAAUGGCUAGACAAUGGCCAGAAUGAUGACAAGAGUUGUUGCUUUUGAAUUGCUUCCUCUGCAGUUUACAAAUUCAACAAAUACAACAUUUCUUUGUUACACUAUGAAUGGAGAAAAUACUAAAUUUUGUAACCCUAGACCGAAAUCCCCUGCUAUACCAGGCAAUGUACAUGCAUUGAGGGACUAUGCUUAAGUCACCCUACUCUAGUUGAAAAAUUGACAUCACAAGGAAUGAUCCACUCAAUCACAUUUGUUCUAAAUAAAGGUGUUUUUUUUUUACCUUGAAACCUGGUCCAAGAGGUUUUCCUCAUCCCCAAAAUAUGGUGAAAGGAAUGGUCAAAUCACCUAUAAUCUAAACAUAAUAUAUUCUGUAUAAAAAGUGUAUCUGAGAAUCAAGGAAUGGAUCUUGGAUGCCUCAUAUUCUAAGAAGUGAUUGGGGCCAAAUUCAUUAGCAGAUAUGAUUAAACAUUGCUAUUCAAAAUAC